CGAAUUAACGCUGGGCUGGAUUUUCAACGAGGUUAACGCAAAUGUCCAAAAUGCUCAGGCUCGAGUUAGUUGGUCUUGUCCUUUUGGCAUGCACCCAAAUACUAACCGAGCACCGAGACACUUACGACUAUGGGAAUCAAUACGGACACCAGAGACAAUACGAUUAUCAGGAAGAGAAAUUCACACGGGAAGUUAGCGUUGCACGUCAAGGAAGGCUGCGCGGUAUCGUCGUGCAUUUCAGGAGGCAUCCGAACCUUCAACCCGUCGACGUUUUUCUCGGGGUGCCUUACGCCGCGCCGCCCCUGGGCACCCUCAGAUUCACCCCGCCUCGGUCACCAAGGCCCUGGAGCGGGGUUCGUCAUUCAAAUCGCUUCGCUCCGGUCUGUCCUCAAGUACUUCCGGAUCUGCACACGGAAGUGACACCCGGUCGUUACGAGUAUCUCAAGAGGCUACUUCCGUACCUGAGAAAUCAGAGCGAGGACUGCCUGUACCUAAACGUUUACGCGCCGCAUCAAAAAGAAGGUCAACGGACCCUGCGAAAGUAUCCAGUGAUGGUUUUCAUCCACGGUGAAAGCUUCGAAUGGAACAGCGGAAAUCCUUACGACGGUAGCAUGCUGGCAAGUUACGGUGACGUUGUAUUCGUCACGAUUAAUUUCCGCCUCGGAAUUCUCGGUUUCCUCAGGCCAGGAACGAACGACAAUGCAUCGAGUAAUUUUGGGCUGCUGGAUCAAGUCGCGGCUCUGUUGUGGCUGCAGGAAAAUAUCGCUGAAUUUGGUGGUGACCCCAACAGCGUAACGCUUGUCGGCCAUGGCACUGGCGCAAUAUUUGCCAAUUUACUACUCAUAAGUCCUGUGGCCAUCAAGGGUACCGGGUUAUUCAAGCGUGGAAUUCUGAUGUCCGGAUCAGCACUGAGUGCCAAUGCAAUUGGAAAAGCCCCGCUGCAGGUGACCAAACAGGUCGCCCACGCUCUGAACUGCCCGACAACGUCGGACGAGGAUUUGUCAAAUUGCUUGCAGAAUCGACCCCUCGAUUCCCUCCUCGGUGUUCGUAUCGUUAAGCCGUUACACGUACCGGCUUACGCCCCCCUGAUUGACGGUGCAGUUGUUCUUAAGAACCCGUUCGAGCUGAUGGAAAGUACCGAGGUAUUUGGCAGGUACGAUUUGAUGUACGGUGUUACCGAGUCGGAGAAGUUUCACGAACUUCCACCUGUCGCUCUGCUACACGGACUUCUCGAAAACGAGAGAGACAGCUUUCUCCGUGAACAUUUAAAGGCGACGCACGAGCUCGAACCAGAACUGGUGCUGUCAAAGAUCCUGGAGCACUACGGUGAUUACUCGGACGGAUUCACGAACGGUUUCGCGAUUAAAAAUCGUGAAUUAGUCCUGCAGGCGUUAUCGGACAGUGGCACUGUCGCCCCCCUCCUCAUGACCGGUAAAUUGCACGCGAAAGUCAACCCGAAGAGCUACAUGUACGUUUUCUCUCAUCCGAGAGCGAUGCAGGACUACUACGGGCAGCAUCACCAGCGAACGGUCCACGGGGAGGAGCUGCCCUACAUCCUGGGUAUCCCGGUCGGUGGUGGAAAGUACCAUUUACAAGAGAGAUAUAACAUCGGUGAAGUAUUGUUCUCCGAGGCGAUGAUGACCUGGUGGUGUAACUUCGCGCAUACCGGGAAUCCUAAUGCCCCGAGAAGAUCAACAUUCCUGACCGAUGGAGCCAAGGAGUGGCAGCAGUAUGAACUCGACUGGCCUGAGUAUAACCCCGAAAAUCAGACCUACUUCAACCUGACCAUACCACCGGAAGUUGGUACACGGUACAGAUAUGCAGAGAUGAAGUUCUGGAACGAAGAAUUACCGGAAUUAAUCAGACGGCCAAACGGUGAAACUAUGCCUGCGCCUGUCGACACGCCGGUAAGACGAAGACCGACGAUUUUGGACAUCGCUGAUGGGAUAACUGACCGUUCAGGUCAGGCAAGGCCGGGAUUUGACUACGGAGUAAAGACUUACCAGCGACCUGAGCAAACGAGAGAGUCAUCGGGUACGGAAACGGAGAGCAUGAAUAGAUUUCCGGGGCUGUUCAACCAGGCGAAUACCGGAGAGAAGAGUGCAGGAGCGGACGAAGAAGUCGCAACGACGCCGGAGUCGAGCACGAGUCGAAGUUCGUCCGCGAUAUCGCUGGUCGUUGGCUUUGGCGUGGUGUUCCUGCUGAUAAAUUUAACCGCAUUUUUUUACCUUUACCACAAGCGGCACAACCUGAAAAACAAGGAAAAGAGCCUGAAGCGAAGGUUGAGCCAGAAGGACGAGGGCUCGAAGCGGUCAAAGGUGGAUAAACAGGGCGUGAAGAACGUUGAACUCGGGCACAAGAACGACAGCAAACCGGACCUGAACGAGGUUCUGAAGAGUGACAAGGCUUACGACAACAAUUCAAAUUUUGGUAGACGGUCGAAACUCUCGCGACAAAAUUCCAGCUCGACCAUCGACACCCACAUCAAAGUCAGAGAGUGGAUUCAGCAGGAAAUAGUUCACAGAUGCUCUCCAAGGUUCCUGAGAAAAACACGUGAAACCUUGCAGAAGGAGCAUCACGAGAAGUUGAGUAAACAGCAGGAGGAAGAGCGUCGCAAGCUCCAACUGGAGAAGAUAAUGAGCAGAAAAGAAGAGCCGAUAUACGAUUCAAAUCCAAAGAUCACCGUGAGACCCGGGAAAAAGUUGAAGCCCUCCAGAGUCCCGAAGGUCUCAGUGGCCAUCGACGCGACUCCAGCGACCAGGACUGAGUCGGUACUGAACCAGAUUCCGAUCGAGCUGGCACAGGGGGAGGCAUCGCAGUUCCAGAACCGCCUGGAUGAUCUUCACUCCGAGACGCCGGACUCGAGCUCGGGGGCCACUGCGCCACAGGUUGUGGUCAUAGAACAUCACCAUUCAAAAAGUGACCCACUGCCGAUGAAUGGAGCAGCAAAGAUCAGCGAAUCGGACUACGGUAGUGGAAGCAGUCUUUACGCAAAGGUGAACACCAAACUGAAGUCACGGUUGCCGAGGAUCGGUUCACCGCAGAGUUCAAUCGGAACGGGAACGGGCAGCGAGAACCUGUACGACCAGGUUUCGACGGACGAUAGCAGCCUGCACGUCACUUCGAAGCUGACGACCUUCGGAGGAGGCGACAUCAACGUCACGUGCAGAGAACCCUGCACCGAGGUGCGGGACACCGUGAGUCCGGAGGAGGCGUUGAGGACCAUAAAGCGCAGGAAGUAUCCGAAGGUGCUACCGGACAUCGAGAAACGCCGGUCUUUACCGGCACCGAACAGUCUCUUUCUACCCAAGCAGUACGGCAACUCGUUGAAGGACUACAAGAACGGUUCGCAGCCGAAUUCACCAUCGAAUCACAACCUCCCUCCGCUUCCACCACCGCGAGUAUUUGGCACCUCGAAGAGCCUCGACCUUGCCGAGGAGGGGGAGCAGGUCGAGGCUGAGCCCAUAACCACGAACCUGCACGUCGGGCCUCUGCUGAAGCGGCAGGAUUCGACGAACAAGAAUAACUCGGAUCCGAAUCUCAUCGAGGCCUUCAAACGCAACGAGCAUAUUCCGGCGACUGAGCAGACGAUGAACCAGUCGCAGAGCUCAGGAAAUAUCAACGGUAAUAUUCACGGGCUGGAGCUCAGAGCUGCCGUACAGCUGUCAGCACCGAGUCUUAACCAGGCGGCUGGAUUCUUGGGAAACAAGACUGGUAACCCGAACUGGUACAGGACAAAACCGAAGCCCAUAGAGCCCUCAAGUGCUGCCCCUGAUUUUAGCAUCGGGAAUCCAAACUGGUACAAACCUUUAGCGAGUCUAAGUGACGGCAAUAUAUCACCAGCUGUUAUCACAGUUCCUCCUGUCCAGGAUAAGGAUGCGAAUUCUGGCAAGACAGCCGGUGGUGGCUCGAGCCAAAACUUGAUCCCAAACUCCUGCUCGACCAACAGCAGCGAAAGUUUACAGCCGAGUGUUAAUCCGACGCAAAACUGGGAGACGAAGGGACCCGCGGUGGAACCGAAGAUCGUAAUCACUCCAAGAGUGGGCAACCUCUUGGGACAGUCGGGACAAAGUCUAAGUCACAGUGUAUCGAAUAUGUGUCAAAGGCUGAUUAACCAGGAGGAUAGACUGGAACCGAAGAUCAUAAUAACCCCGCACAGCUGCAAAGGCCCGGGAGUGGGAGCCGGUCUGAAGCAGCCAAAGAUCAUAAUCAAGCCUUCCACAAAUCCGCACAAGACCAGGGACAACAAAAACAUACCAAAGGUAUCAGCGAUCCCCUCACCGGAGUGCCAGAACCUGAGGAACACGGAGAAGGACAGGAGCUUCGACAGGGAUCAACUCACCCUCGAGAAACCCCCGCUGAAAGAGAAGCCCAAGGUCACAAGGAUACCAUCGUUCUCCAAAAAGAAGGAGGACCUGAUGCCGAAGUUGGAAAAGUCGCCGAGUCCUGUUUACGCCGAGAAGGCCGAGGUCGUGCAGAAGGUCGAGGCCGUUCUCGGUGGCAAGGUCACCGAUAUUUCUCUCCCUCCAACCACGGAACACAAGUCCUCCGGCAUACCGAUGUUCACCAAGAAGAACAGCGAGGCAUCGUCGAGCACUGACUCUUCCAACAGCACCGGCUAUUCCAACCCCUCAAACACGGGGACGAUCAAGAAGAAACCGAAGUAGUUGCAAGAACACAGUGAUGAUUCUAAUGAGCAAUAAAUCACAGACUCUACAUACGCAGAUCAGCUGUUGGUAGUUGUUCUAUUUGUGGUUAUAAAGCCAGUGUUGAUCGAAUGAUUUUAGAGUAUUACUCCACGUUUUUAGACAGAUCUCUAGUUCCAGUAGUUUUACAUCUUCGAUUAUCCACGGUAGUUCCGUAUCACGUGGUUAAUCACUAGUUAAUCAGACAUAUUGUUGACUAUUUAAACAUAUUUAUUCUUUCUA